GACGCCGGUCCGAGAGAAGCGAGGCGACGUGGCGGGGAGCGGCCUGUCCCGCGGAGGACCCGGCAGAUAUUAUGGAAGAGGGAAGCAGUAUUGCAGUAUUGGUGCCAAAUAUUGGGGAACAGGAAGCUGUACUGAUUUCUGAAACAGUCAUUGGCUCAACACUGGAAAGCAGUGAAGAUCAUAGAAAAUGUAAAACUGAUCCUCUAAUCCAUGUUAUCGAAAAAUUAAGCAAGAUAGUAGAAAGUGAGAAGUCACAGAGAUGCCUUUUAAUAGGGAAAAAACGUUCCCAUCCUAAUGCUUCUACGCCAUCUUUUGAAACACAAGAAAUUUCUGAGAUCCCAGCUAAAACAAUGGAGCUGCCUGUUAUUGGCAUUAAAAAGACUGAUGAGCUACAAGCAGAUUAUGUAACCAAUUGUCUUCCACAAAGUAAAAGAAAGGUUAUAUGCUACCAAUGUAGCCUAUGUAAAUUUCUAUCGCCAUCUCUUUCUAUACUACAAGAACAUAUAAAACAACAUGGUCAACAGAAUGAAGUGAUAUUAAUGUGCUCAGAAUGCCACUUUGCUUCUAAAAAUCAAGAAGAACUUGAAGUUCAUGUCAGAAUUCACCAUGAGAAUGAUGGCAAAAACCAGUCAAAAGUGCAACAGUGUGUAAAUCUCUCAACUUCAUCUUUGCAAGGGCCGGUGGAAGGAAGUGUCAAAGCAGGCACUGAUCAGGCAGUACAUCUGGACUGUAAAGGCAUAACUCGGUCUACUCCUAUAGCUGAAAUGGGUAGGAGAAAAUGGUAUACUUAUGAGCAGUAUGGCAUGUAUCGGUGCUUAAUUUGUAGCUACACUUGUGGUCAGCAAAGAAUGUUGAAAACCCAUGCAUGGAAACAUGCAGGUGAGGUUGAUUGUUCCUAUCCUAUAUUUGAAGAAGAAAAUGAGCCUGCUAGCUUGUCAGAUGCAACUGUAACUCAUACGCCUCAUAGUGUGGAUACAAUUGUUCUCUCUCUAGAAAAUAAUGAACCAGACAUCCAUAGUGACCAUUCUCUUCAACUCCAGAUUUGUAGUUCUGAGCAACUGUUAUGUAAAUCUCCACCAGUGGUAGAAAAUGUAAAAGAGGAGGAGGUUCUAAGUCAAUCAACAGCCCUUUCCCCUACUGGAGAACUGUUAGAGGAAACCAUAUCGGAUACAGAUACAGAGCAAGAUAAUUUGAUAACUGAUAGCCUACUUUCAUCAGCACAGAAAAUCAUUAACUGUAGCCCAAAUAAGAAAGGUCAUGUUAAUGUAAUAGUAGAGCGCUUGCCAAGUGCUGAAGAAACUGUUUUACAGAAACCUUUUCUAAUGAACACUGACAUUGAAGCUGAGAAAAAAUUAAUCUCAGAGGAAUCCCAGGUUGUGUGUGAAGGAUCUGGUGAAGUUUAUCACUCAGAUGAAAUUGAAGAAGUAAUAAUCGGAUGGAGCAAUACUGAGAAGAAAGAUAAUGAUUUAAUCUCUAAUAAAGGCAUAGCAGCUGAUGAAAAUGCCCCUCCUGUGCGAAGAAGAACAAAUUCGGAGUCUCUGAGACUGCACUCGUUAGCUGCAGAAGCUCUUGUUACAAUGCCUAUCAGAGCUGCAGAACUAACAAGAUCCAGCUUUAGGGCCUUCACUGCGGUAAACUCUUUAGAUGCAGAUACAGGACAAAGGCAGACGGAUGGCACUUGUGCAGCCCAUUCUAAAAUGGUAUCAUCACUUAAAAACCCUCCAGAGGGGUUAACUAGUUUAAACCAAAGUGACUGUGCAAUAAUGGAGCUACAGAAGGACAAACCAGAGCUAUCAGAAGCACCAAUUAAAAUGGGCAUUAGUAUGUCACUGCUCACAGUAAUUGAAAAAUUGAGAGAGAGGACAGAUCAGAAUGCUUCUGAUGAUGACAUUUUGAAAGAAUUACAGGACAACGCACAAUGCCAACCUGUGAAUGACAUGAACAUGCCAGGAAGUAACCUGGUAGAGUACAUACCCAAUGUAGAUCGACCAUACCGCUGUCGCCUAUGCCAUUAUAGCAGUGGCAAUAAGGGCUACAUAAAACAACACUUGAGAGUCCAUCGUCAAAGGCAACCAUAUCAGUGUCCUAUCUGUGAGCACAUAGCUGACAAUAGUAAAGAUUUAGAAAGCCACAUGAUCAACCACUGCAAAACCAGAAUGUAUCAAUGCAAGCAAUGUGAAGAAUCCUUUCAUUAUAAGAGCCAGCUGCGAAAUCAUGAGAGAGAGCAACAUAGUCUUCCAGAUCUGCUCUCAACAGCAACAUCUAACAAACUAAUAGUUUCCAGUGAGGCAGAUGAAAGAGAAGGGAAUAAGCCUUCAGUCCAGAAACUCUAUAGAUGUGAUGUGUGUGACUACACAAGCACAACAUAUGUUGGGGUACGAAAUCACAGACGGAUUCAUAACUCUGAUAAGCCAUACAGAUGUCGAGUAUGUGACUUCGCCACAACAAAUAUGAAUAGUUUGAAAUGUCAUAUGAGGCGCCACCCACAGGAGCACCAGGCAGUGCAGCUAAUGGAACAGUACAAAUGUUCUCUUUGUGGAUAUGUAUGCAGCCACCCUCCUUCCCUGAAGUCCCAUAUGUGGAAACAUGCAAGUGAUCAAAAUUAUAAUUAUGAACAAGUGAACAAGGCUAUUAAUGAUGCAAUUUCACAAAGCGGCAGGUUUCAAGGGCAGCUACCUGGAAAGACUCUAUUAGAAAGCACUGAUGAAAGUUUAGUACCUGUUCUAGGGAGUUCAGAGAACUUGGUGUCAUUUUCAGAGUCCAUUAAUCAGACUACUAAUGAAAUUUCAGGUUCCAAUGAAAAUCAAAAACUUAAUCCAACAAUUAAUACCUCAUGCAAUUUAGAAAAGAACUCCAGUCAGCCCCACCUUGGUACAGAAUACUGUGUUCUACUCUUCUGCUGUUGUAUUUGUGGGUUUGAGUCCACCAGCAAAGAAAAUCUGUUGGAUCAUAUGAAAGAACAUGAAGGUGAAAUCAUAAACAUAAUUCUAAAUAAGGACCACAAUCCAACUCAGAACUCCAACUAGAUCAAACUAUCAGCUAAAAAGAAGAGGAUUUCCUAAAAUGGGUUUUUUCUAUCUUUGCUAAUGUUGCCUGAGAUACUUGCUCAAGAGAGGAAAUGCAAGUAAAAUGUACUGAUUUCCCAAGCUGAGUCUUUGUUGCAAUUACAGACAUAAUUUAAUUAGCUAAAACCAUUAAAUACUCCAUUUUGGGGAAACUGUGGAAUGAUCCAUCUAACCCUUUAUCCUUCCCUGUGAUGCCAAGAGUCUGGAUUUCUCAAUGCCUAGUGUUAAUCCAAAGUGCAUUAGCACAAUAAGAAAUUCAAACUCAGCAGCUAAACAAGGUAUUAGCUCAAUUCAAAAGGCUUUUUUUUUUUUUUUUGCCUUGAAAGUAUUUAGUUAAGGGUGUCAAACUCAUUUCAGACAAAUAUUGUUUUUCCUUCAAUGCAAAGGACAGUAGGCCAGAUACGGGUUAUGAAUUAAUGCUCACCUAAAAUUUACUGUUUAAUUCUGAGGGGUAGAUGGUGAGGGGGGUGCUCCUGAUUUAUUUUUAAGGCCUUACUCUUCCCAGCUUAACAAUUGUUUUCUGAAUAAGCAGUACUGGAUGGUAUUCCUUCUGUCACUAAUAGGAAGUGCUGAUUCAAGGCAGGAGAAGCUGAGUGGCCUGAAGGCAGUAGGUAUCUUGCCAAUUAUUUGGCUAGAUCCUAAGUAAAUACAAGAUCUUAUUUUAGACAUGUUAAAUUCAUAUGUAAACAUGACCCAUUGUUUAACGUCUCUCUUUAAAAUAUUCAGCCAAACCUCUAAAAGCAAUGGGAUCAUGAUAUAAAUUGGCAUUUUAACUAGUGACUUUUUCAUGUCAGUACAUAAUGAGUGCCAUAAUCUUGGGGUGGGAACAGGCAAUCACCAGAAAUCUAAUUGACAAAGGGCCAGAUUUUUCAAGGUAUUUAGGCCCUAAAGAUGUAGAUAGGCACCUAGUGGGAUUUUCAA